AUGGGGAGGUCUAAGCUCUUGUGUGUCCGGCCUCUUCUCUCAACGGAUCGUGGCUCUUGCCAUGGGUUGUGCAGCGCUUGCCACAGCCUGUGUCCAGACAUUGCUGGGUGCUCAACGCAUUCUUUGCCAGCACCUAAGAAGGAUGUCUUACUACGAGCAGUGCAAGCAGCCCUGCCUGCCCCCUCCCAUUUGCGCACAGAAGUGCACCCCUUGUGUGGAGCCCUGCAAGACGGUCUGCGUGGAGCCCUGGUCUGCCCGACGCCCUGUGCCACCCAGUGCACCACGACUUGCAGCACCCAGUGCGUGGAGCCUUGUGCCACCCAGUGCCCCACGUCCUGCAGCACCCAGUGCGUGGAACCCUGCAGCACCCAGUGCGUGGAACCCUGCAGCACCCAGUGCGUGGAAGUCUGUCCCCCUAAGUGCAUCGACGUCUGCGUGACGCCGUGCGCCGUCCCAUGCGUGGAGCCCUGUGUCACCCAGUGCACCACCAAGUGCGUGGAGCCCUGCCCACCUGCGUGCGUGGAGGUGUGUGCCACCAAGUGUGCUGACAAGUGUGAGACCGUGUGCCUGGAGCCCUGCGGCACCGUCUGCACUCGUCCAUGCUGA